AGCACGGAAGCUGCCGCCUCGGGGCCACGUUAGCCAAUCUUCUGCCCCGCAGCGCCCCAGACCUGCUCCACCGGGUAUCGCGAAAGCCGCGCGUGCGUCAUGGUGAGGUGACACUACUUUCCGGUGCCAAGGACUGCCACUUGUGUGAUUUGAAAAUAGACAAUUCGUAAUUCGUGUCCUGGACUUUAAAAAAGACAGAAGCAUGGCACUCGAUACCAGAAUGUUUCGGUGGCCAAACCCUAUGUCUUUCAGCGACUUGUGUGGCGAGAAUUUUAACGAGACAGCAGAAAACAAUCCACGGCUCGAGGAAUACCUGGAUGCUUACAGUGACAGUUGUGACACGCCCUCCCCAAGCCCUGCCAGCGAGGAGGCGCCCCCGAGCCCCACCCACCAGCGAUACCCCCAUGCGGACGCCUCGACCCCUGUAUAUACUGACCUGUCCACUCCCGCACAGAGCACUUACGCGUCGCAAGGUUAUUACGACGAUAGGAGUUAUACCACCGAUCACGAAGCAGGCAGAGGACAAGUGCAGCAGAUAGCGCAACAAGAGUUUGCAGCUUUCACACCCAAUGACGGCACCGUUACACAGGUUAAUUAUGAAAACUUCUGGCCUUCCAGUGCAGCUACUCAGAUGCACGCCCCGUCUCACCCCAGCACCUAUCAGGCACCAGGAAACACCACACCUGAUGUCCGUCCCCAAGUUCUUCUACACUCCCAAACUAUCUUCGAUCGCAAAUGCCUAAGGAUAAGACGAAGGCAAUCAAAGUUCGUGACUGGAGAAGUAAAGAAGAAACGACGUCUUCAGGCUAACGCGAGAGAACGGCGGCGCAUGAAUGGUCUGAAUAACGCAUUCGAGAGGCUGCGGGAGGUCGUGCCAGCACUUGGAAAUGACAGAAAAUUAUCCAAAUUUGAGACGCUACAGAUGGCGCAGACCUACAUCACUGCCUUAGCGGAACUGCUGAAGAGGGACAAACUGGCCACCUCAGCGGCCUCCUCAGCAUCAUGUUUACAUUAG